CGGCUGAGCUGGAACGGAAGCGGAAGUGGAGAGGAAAGCUCCUGGGAAGAUUCGUUCGCUUGAGCAGUGCGUAGUGUUUACUUCCGGAGGCCUGGUCGGGCGGCAAGAUGUAGCACGUGGGCUCCCGUGCUUCGCGUGCACCGAAGAAGGGUCUCUGGGUGAUCACUGAGAAAGGCCUUAGAGACGAAGAUGUGGGGCCCAGCAGCGGUGCUUCCUCCGCGGCGGACGCCGUCAGUUUUGGCAGGCGUUGGUCGCUUUUGCUUUUGGAGGUCGGCAGCAGCGAUGCGGAAGGACUUGGGGGCCAUUCCCCGCCGUGGCAGGAGUGACUCCUGCCCAAAGCUGUUGCCGUAUGAGGGUCCCAGGGAAUCAACCCCGACGUCUACGUACGGCCUCUUUUCCAAGGGUUCCGUAUUGAGCCCGACAUUGGCUGCAACCUUGGUGCAAAUACUGCAGUUGGGGGAAAAUGGACAUCGCCACAUAAUCAUGGAGUGCAAUCCCCGUCAUGGAAUCCUGACUAAGGCCUUACUAAAAACCGGUGCCUCAGUGAUUGCGCUUGAAAGUGACAAAAGCUUUAUUCCACAUGUGAAGUCCUUAGGGGGAAAGCUAAAUGGAAAACUACAAGUGGUCCAUUGUGACUUCUUUAAAAUGGAUCCUGAUAAUCAUAAUACAGUGCGACCACCCGUCGUGCUUUCACAAGAGCUCUUUCCGAGUUUGGGAAUAAAAGCAAAUUCUUGGUCAGAAGAUAUUCCAUUUAAAGUAGUUGGAAUAUUCCCUCAGAAAAAUGAAAUGAAGCCACUUUGGAAACUUUUACAUGAUGUGUAUACUUGUUCUUCUAUAUAUAGAUAUGGCCGAGUACAGCUCUGUAUGUUUAUCAGUGAAAGCCAAUAUGAGAAACUAAUUGCAGAUCCCACAAAUCCAAAUUUGUAUCACGUAUUAAGUGUGCUUUGGCAAGUAUCUUGUGAGAUUAAGCUUCUCUACAAGGCACCUGUUGCAGCAUUGGAUGGGCACAUCAAGAAAAGACAACCAGCUGCUAAGUGUUCAUCAAAACAUCAAAACCUGUGUUUCAUUCAGAUCACUCCUCGUAAAACUUUAUUUACCGAAUACUUAACUCCUAUUAAUUAUGAUAUAUUUUUUCACAUGGUAAAGCAAUGUUUUGGGAGGCGUAGUGCCUUUCUAACACAUCAUUUACAUUCAUUGACUCCAUAUGAUCCAGUGACUAUAUUGAAUAAAGCAAAAAUUGAAACUAACAUGAAAACAUGUGAUAUGUACCCUCAGGGCUAUAAACACCUUUUUGAAACUAUAGAACGUUCCAGUGACAAUGACAGUAAAUGGUUAUAUGACAGACUUCUAGAAGAUAUAGUGUGUUAGAACAAUAGACUGUCAAGACAUUAGCUGAACAGUUUAUUUGGAAAACAAGACACAAAUGAAAAAGAACUACAUUGAAAAGUGGAUGUCUUUUCAACAGAAGAUAACUUCUUAUUCAUCAGACUAGGAAACUCAUUUCUGAAGUUGAUACUAUCGCCACAUUGGCUAAAACAAUGACUGCUAUUUUAUUCACAACUGAAUAAAAGGAAAACUUCUGUUAAUCGUGAGUUAAUCAGAUUGAAUUGGUUUUGUUUUAAAUUUCUAUCUACCAUAGUGCUGGGAAUAUAGCUCAGUUGUAAAAUGUGUGCUUGGUAUGUAUGCACAAGGCUGUGGAGUCACACAGCACUAAAAUUUUUAAAAACUGCUAUCUACUGUAAUCAUACUGGCAGUUCAUGCCAAUUGAACUUUGGUUUACUUUUAAAAAUCCUUUUGGCCAAAUGUCUUACACAGUAUUUAAUUUAAAUGUUCCCCUUUCACCCUUGCUGAAUUUUGUAUUCCUCCUGUGGGGCAAAAGAGUUUGUAUUGUAUUAAACUUGAAAAGUAAAUUAAACUGAUUUAUUUUA